AUGGCCGCAAUCAAGCUCGAUUUACCAGUCCCUGGAGGCCCGAACAGUAGAUAUCCCCUUUUCCAAGCCUUCCCAACUCUCCUGUACAGUUCCUUCCUCUUCAGAAACCGGUCGAUGUCCUCGAUUACUGUGCCUUUGACCUCAUCGUCCAUAGCCAGGGUUUGGAAAUUCGCUGGGUGGUCGAGGCUCACCGACUGCCACGGGCUCCGGCCAAUCCCGUGCAUACGGUCGUUCGCCAGUGUGUGGAGCUUAAUCGUCUUCUUCUCCUCCUUCACGGCCUUGGACUUUUCGACCACGUGCGGCAGGUACUCGUCGAGGAUCAGGUCCCGCCGGCUCCUGUGGAAGGUGCCGGAUCUCGUCCCUCGGGCACUUGUCCGGGUAUGGGCCCGGGCCAGGCCUAGACGUGGCCACCAUCCUCCACCGGACCUCUGCCCCGCGGAAAGAGUCGGCGAACUCAACGUCCCGACCGACGGUGACGUGGAUCUUCCGCUCCUUGUCGGGGAGGAUGGCACGGAGGGAGCGGGCGGUGGGUCCCGCGAUCGAGCCCGUGUAGACCUCGGCGGCGAGGAACAGCUGGUUGCGGGACAGGCCGUCGGUUACCUCCGACGAGAGCGCGUUGAGCGCGUAGCGGAGCUUGGUGAAGAGGAAGCGGCGGAGCUCGCCGGGGACGAGGUCGCGGGCGAGGGAGCGGACGAGGACGGCGGUGGCCGCCAGGGAGGCGGCGGCGGAGAGGGCUUGCUUGGCGGAGGGGAGCUCGAUUUUUGGGGUGGUAAACUGUGCGAAGUGAGAAAAUGGGAGAAAGACAGAGAAUUUAUAGGAGUGAGAGAGAGAGAGAGGUGGUGGCGAGAAGAUGGAGUCUUGAGGGAGACGAUGAAAGAUGAAAGUGAAGGAUGGUUUGCUACUGGAGAAAAGAAUUUAGGAAAACACUACAUUCCCACGGAAUUAUUUAAGCAGCAUAAGAUUAGCAUUAGAAUUUGCAUGCAACAAAUGAGUGACGAUGGAGAUGAUAGAAAUCGUUUGGAGGCGGAGAUUGCGGAAGAGGAGCAACGACAGAAAGAUUGA